CUUAAUAUUUAUCUGAGCUAAAGUUUUGGGACAGUUUCUAAGUUGGCGGUUGCUAUGGCUACAAGUUCAUGCUAGGCUGGACACAGGGGAAGUGACGAGUGCGGCUGUUGUCGGGACACGUGACUGGAGCUGCACUGAUCUGUUUUGACAAGCGGCUGGGAGGGAAGUGAGGAGGGGAGGCAGGCUGAAGCAUCACGACCAGUGGGACUGGCUGUUCCUUUAAUCUGCAUUUCGCCUGAAUAAUGCCAGUAUCGAACUAGUUUUGUCAGUGCGGCGGGCCGUCUUUGCCGAAGAGUUCGCCGCGUCAGACGCAGAGACAUGCUCGGCUAGGAGAAAGUCGGAUUGUUUUGUUGUCGGUUUUAGAAAAAGUUUUAAUGACGAGCAUAAAGGAAGUCGGCACAGGUUGCUUGUUGGAGUAAAUGGCGACGCCUGACGCUUUGUGGGUGUUUAGAAAGCGGACUGUGUCUGCUUGACAUCGUUUUGUGAGAAUAUUACAACGCUGACAAUGCGCUAGCUUAAAACAAACAAAAACAAAAAGCCCCACCGUCCGUCCGUCCGUCUGUCAGCGGGGUCUGUAGCCGUAAGUUGGGAUGUUGGACGGGAACUGGGGUGCCAGUUGACGGUACAGUAACGGGAAGGUUAGUUUUCUGUCGAGUUAGCUCUGCUGAGUUAGCAAGCUCCGAACAACAAGCGGAGAUCCAAACAUGAAUCGCGGCUCAGCUUUGAUUCGGGUGCUGGAAUUCGAGACGAGCUGCAAGACUGGCCAACCUGCUAGUUAAAUUACUAGUCAACAGAUUGGUUUCUGUCUUGCAAGCAACCGAGUUGCCCACUUAGGUUAGGCAGUCUCCGUCAGCUGUCUUUGUGAGCAGCUGGCACCAACACGCAGCUGAUAUUGUUGCUUAGCUAAUACGGCAGGUCACCGUCACAGAGGCUUCGGGCUCCCAGACACCGCCGUGUUGUUGUCACGACUCGGUGUCAGAGACGGAGAAGCUCCUGCAGGAGAUCCGGAAGACUGCCAGAUGACACGGGACAACAUGAAGCCCGAGCGAGAUGCAACAGAGGAGUUUUUCGAGUAUGAUGCAGAGGAGUUCCUGGUGUUCCUGACCUUGCUCAUCACAGAGGGAAGGACACCGGAAUACUCUGUAAAGGGCAGGACUGAGGGACUGCACUGUCCGCCAGCCCAGUCAGCCAUGCCGCCUCUUCACAAGCACGAGUGCAGCGACAAAUUGCCCCAGUGUCGUCAAGCAAGGCGAACACGUUCUGAGGUGAUCCUGCUGUGGAGGAACAACAUCCCCAUCAUGAUCGAGGUCAUGCUGCUGCCAGACUGUUGCUAUGGUGAUGAGUGCCCCCCAAGCGACCCUAUCAGUGACCCAGUCAUCAAACAAGAUGCUCUGCUGUUGGAGAGAUGGACCUUACAACCGGUUCCAAGACAGAGUGGUGAUCGUUUUAUUGAAGAGAAAACCCUGCUAUUGGCUGUUCGCUCCUACGUCUUCUUCUCCCAGCUCAGCGCCUGGCUCAGUGCCUCCCAUGGCAUCGUCCCCAGAAACAUCCUGUACAGGAUCAGUGCCGCUGAAGAGGAUUUGGUGUGGCAGUUCACUCAGUCCCCAUCCGAGCACAUUUUCCCCGUCCCCAACGUGUCCCACAAUGUCGCACUGCAAGUUCGUGUCCAGUCACUUCCCAGACAGCCCACCUACCCCAAACUGGCCUGCAGCAUCCACACCAACCUGCCUUCCCUUUACAGCAAGACCCCCAGCUUGAGCCCCAACUUCAACAGCCACGGCGGCCUUCCCUCUCUCCGAAAGAGCCUGGACCCCAGCAAAGAGAACCCCCACCACAACUCUAAUAUGUACAGUAAGAGCUCCACCUCCAUGUCCGGCCUUCUCCACAGUGGCGUAUCGAUUCCUAACCUGCCCAUCAACAGCAUCCCUAUAAACAGCCCCCCCCACCGGGCUGUGCCACAUCCAUACAGCAAAAGGGCCCAGGAUCCUGGUGAAAGCCAUGCGUACCAGAACGGCGAGCUUCCUCAUGUCAGUGCCCCCCCACGUCAGGGUUCGCCUCUGUUCCACAGACCCUCUCGCCCCCCCACUCCCUCACCCUCUCCCUCCCCGCUUCCUACGAGUAAAGCAGGCAAAUGGUUGUAUUCUGCCUUCAAUGGUAUUUCUGAUCCAACACAAGUCGAGGACUAUAGUCCUGGUACCAACAAUGGAGACAAGACGACGACUUCGAUCCCUGACGCCCUUAGAGCUUUUAAGAAUUUGUCUGUGGCCGAACCGCCGCGCUGCCCCUCCCCCAGGCCUGCUGCUACUGAGACAAACCCUCUGAUAGGCUCCCUGCUGCAGGAGAGGCAGGAAGUGAUCGCCCGCAUCGCGCAAAGGCUUAACUUCUGCGAUCCAACCGCACCACCACUCCCACCCGGCCUGUUUACCUCCGACAACCCUCCCAAAUCCACGUGGGGCAGCAAUUAUGACAACAUUGCUGCCGGUAAGACCAAAGAGCCUGAGGCCCCGCCCUAUGAGUUUGUUGGACAUGUGUGGCCCUCACCUUUCAACACACCUGUGACUGAAACUUUUGCCAAACGAGAAAGCUCGUCCCCUAAACCUGCCGCCUGCAGGAAGCUGAGGAUGACCGAGAUGAGAGACCGAGAGGAGGAGAGGAAUGGAGAGAAGGAGAGGACCAGACUGAAGGAGAAGGAAAGGGAUAGAGACAGCUCCCUCAUCGCCCAGGCAGUGCAAGACAUUACCAGGCUCAUCCAGGAGAGGCUGUCUGUCCCAUCUUUGUCCCCCGGGAACAGCAGGAGCGGCAGCCCGCUGCACCACAUGCACACAACCACGGUCACACACACAGUCCGCACAUACUCCCACCCCGCACACAGCCCACCUGCAUCACACACUGCCAGCAACGGCUACACGAACGGCCACAUAUCUAGCCACGAACUUCAAAGAGGCGGCACGCACAACGCUGCCUCAAACGCGCCUAUUUGCACAGAUAAGCCCCAAGUCGGACACGGGACCGAAUACAAUUCAACCCCGGCCCACAACGGUGCUCAGUUUACACUUGAAGAACCCUCACUCUGCAGCCAGCCCCGCACCAAGGCCGGUCGAUGUUUACGUGCUUCCCCACCCGAAAAACUCAGAGUCAGGACAGCCAGCAGCCAUGAAACCCCUCCUGCCUCCCCCGUGCAGGAGGAACGCCCACACCAUGCUCAGAUAUUUAGCAGGAAUCACAAAGACACCAGCCCAGCCAUAAACUGUAACGGAAGCCACGACCACAUCAAGCCUCAGCCCCAGACACAGAACUGUGAGGAAGCCCAGGCCUCUGCCUUCCACGAUGAGAACCGGGCCCCGCUGGAUUCUGGGUACUCCAGGACGUCCAGCCCAGCCAUGACUCCUCCUACUUCCCCUCACCCUCACACCGCGUCCCCCCUGCGUCCCUGCAACAGCUGGAAGAAGCAGAACCGCCACUCAUUAGACGCCACAGCAACCAAGGCGUUCCACCCUUGCACCGGCCUUCCGCUGCUCUCCAGCCCCGUUCCUCAAAGGAAAAAUCAAACAGGUUAUUUUGACCUGGACAUCUCUCAGACUGGCUGCAAGGGUUUGCCUUGGGCUUCUGGGAAAAGGGUGUGUCCGAAGAGCGAAGGCUGUACAGAUGAGUCACAGCAGCUGUUCAGCGCCAGCGCUCCACCUGCCAGUCUUAGCCUGCUGGGAAACUUUGAGGAGUGCGUACUGAACUACCGUCUGGAGCCUUUAGGAACAGUGGAGGGCUUCACAGCAGAGGUUGGAGCCAGCGGGUCCUUCUGCCCCAGCCACCUGACCCUACCUGUGGAUGUGUCCUUCUACAGCGUCUCCGAUGACAAUGCUCCCUCCCCGUACAUGGGUGUGAUAAAUCUGGAGUCCCUGGGAAAAAGGGGCUACCGUGUACCUCCAUCAGGAACCAUUCAAGUGACCUUAUUUAACCCUAACAAGACGGUGGUAAAGAUGUUUGUGGUGAUGUACGAUUUACGAGCCAUGCCAGCUGGCCACCAGACCUUCCUGCGCCAGAGAACUUUUUCAGUCCCAGUUCGCCGUGACCCAAACAACCCGACCAGCAAGAGGACCCUCACUCUGGGCCUAGGGCGCACCCUCCGCUACCUUGUUCAUCUGAGGUUUCAGAGCUCCAAGUCUGGAAAGAUCUACCUCCAUCGGGACAUUCGUCUGCUGUUUUCCAGGAAGUCCAUGGAGGUGGACAGCGGUGCUGCCUAUGAACUUCAAUCCUUCACAGAGACCCCCAUGGACCCGCCGUUCUCACCUCGCUGUUGAAGUCCAACGCCCUCCCUCCCUCCUCCACCCAGCAGGCCAUUGCGAAAGCUUCAGUCGCCCCUCAAAGCCAGCGACAGACUCUUCUUCAGCCCCUCAGAUUGUGGCUUUUGUUGAAAAGAGAUGAGGUUCAAGGACUGCAGUCAAAAACCCCUUUCCUCACCUGUGUGUAGAAACUUCAGUCGUCACCUCUGUCACCUAAAACUGACAGAAAGGGGUCAGCUAAGAGCCUGAGAGACUUGUGAGAUGUGAGCCUUGUUCUCUUUUAACAAGGGUUGAGAUGGAUUCUGGGACUGGGUAAAAGAGUGCAAAUAAGUUCAAAUGUUUGUGACCCCCUUCAAGAUUUUCUUACCAAAUUAUAAUUUUCUGUUUUUCUUUCUGUUGUGUGUAUCCCCAAUAAUCUCUGGUGUGAGAAUAGAGACCCAUCGUCUACUAAAAUCUAUACAAAGGAAUUGACCUUUUUUACCUUUGUUGGCAAAAACUACAAUGAUAAUUGGACCUAAGAAUUUAAAUUUAUUUUAAUUUCUGUAUCAUUUGAUUGAGGAGUGCCCUUAGUGUUUUUUGUGUGGAGGUAAAGAUUUCAGAUUUAUUUGAACAUUGGAGAAAUGCCGAUUGGUUUUUCCUGCAUAUUAGAUUGACGGGCUGAAAGUGAACUCUGUUGCCUGACUCCACGAUUCGCUGAGGUGGGAGUCGAGGGGGCGCACGUGAAAAAGAGGAGCCGGGGUGCAGGCUGUGGCACGACCCACGCCUCGGACCACUAAAGACGCCGAACAAGCAAUCACUGUAGAUUCACACAGAAGCAUCACAGCAUCAGAAGUGCACUGUGGAUCCCUUUUUUUCCAUUCUAACUGGAAAUGAAACAAAAAAAUAGUCAUAUUCUAAUACUUUUGUACUGUUACAAAACCACUUUAUUGGAAGUGUUGCAAUAGAAAGUGUAACAAUAGUUUAGUGUUUACACAUUCACUCUGUUUACUUACCAUAAGUUUAUUUAAUAUUUAAAUUAAUAUUUCAGUUACUUCUUGUGACGUCUGUCAUGCUAAGAAGAUGUAGUGCAAACUGUAUAUCAUAGUAUGUAUUUUUGACAUUAAUAUUCAAAUCUUAAAAAAAUAUAUCUAUAUAUCUUCUAAAGCAAUCUUGAAAAUCUG